CUCGUGUGUGAAAAGAUGAAUCUGCAUAUCGGUUCAAGACCACGAUCGUGGGCAUUGCCCUCACUCGUGCUGGUGACGUAUACGGGGUUUGCCUGGUUCAUGUUUGAUUGGUUUACGAUGCGUGGAAGUUUUCAGAGUUCUUCCUCUUCGCUCUACCCACCGCGGCCAGCUCCACAUUUUCCAAAGGACCCUUUGGACUUUAUCUGUGUACCGAAGAGCCCCGUUCCUCAACCGGGUCGCGAUGACCACACAUCUGUUUACAGUCAACUUGAAACGGCGUCUGCGAUCCGCAACGACAAUGUACAACGGCAACAAUUUCUAAUGCAGGGGGACCCACGCAACCCUGCAGGCGCUCUUGCGUUCCGGCAGCCACAUGUUAUGGAGACGUGGGAACCGCUUUAUCAUUGCCCCUUCGAGGAGAGGGUGGGACCGUAUGGAGAUGGAGGGAAGUGGAUGUGUCGGGUACGCGACUAUACGGACCCGAGCUGUGUUAUCUAUUCGUUCGGAUCGUUUAGCGACCUCCGCUGGGAGCGUGACGUGGCCCGCCUCACGCAGUGCAGCGUCCAUAUUUACGAUCCUACCCCUCACGUCGUUGACUUUAUGAAGGUCGUCCAUUCCGAGACUGAUGCUACCAGCACACUCAAUACGGUCGCCAACACGAUGAGCAUAAGUGCGUUGCCCCGAAGGACGCAAUACCACCCCUGGGCGUUUUACGAGCCUAGCAAUGUACUUGCCACAACUUUUCUUCACAAAGUCUUUCCGAAUUUCACAGGGGGUAACCUUCGUUGGAUCGUGGAGAACACCGGUUCAGGCGUCCCACAAAUCAUUAAGAUGGAUGUGGAGGGAUCUGAACUCUUUAUCGACUUCAAGGCGGAUGCCGAUUUGUGGACACAGGUUCACAUGUUCCUAGUCGAGGUGCACUUCUCCAUUCUUACCGAAUGGAUUCAGACCGGCUUUUACAAUCUGGUUCGGCAGCUGACUAAUGGUCUGGGAACUGGUUUGGCAGCUGGUUUGACAGCUGGUUUAAGAGCAGACAAAGGGUCUGGAACCUGGUUUGACAGCUGGUUCAACGACUGGUUUGAAAGCUGGUCUGGAAGCUGGUUUGACGGAGGGAAAAGCGAGCGAAGAAGAACAGUCGAGAGGGAAAAGCGAGCGAAGAAGAACAGUCGAGAAUGUCUUGCGCGGUUUUGUUGUUCGGGGGAAUUUGGUCCGGAGCUGAACUGGGAGUAAAAUGGACACCUGAGGUUUUGUGAGUAUGGAGGAGAAGAAAGAAGAGUGUGGAGGGAAGAAGGGUGGUCCACAGUGGAUUUGAGCUGCGCGACGCCCUAGGAUCGUACAGCCAGAUUACAGGAAAGAUGAUUCUUUGGUAGCCGGAAGGGGGGGAAGUACAGCUGAGAAUGUGUUGGUUGAUUUGGAUGAUUCUAUUCGCAGAUUAGCUAUGGAUACGGCGAAUGACUCCGAUAGACGAUUUUCAGAUGUUAGGAUGGUAAUCCAACGAUUUUGAAUAAGACAUGAUUUGGACGAGACGCUUCAGAUUAUUUGUCUUGGAACUUUGAGUAGGCGAUUUGUGUUUCGGCAGUAAAGGGGAGAAGAAGAG